AUGAGACGAACGCUCACAACGCUAGUAGUAGCUGCUUUCGUCUCGGCUUUGGUCGAGGCUCUUACUUCCGAUGGUAUUCAUCAUUCUGAAACGCUAUCUCGACACGCAUUCUUUAAGAAAGUCGCCACCACCGCGGCAAUCGUUACGUCGGGCUCUCUGUCGCUAGGGCCCAACAUUGCCGUUGCUACCGCAGGCGAAGAGGAGGAUAUCGCAGUGUAUUUCGGAUGCGGGUGUUUCUGGCACGUCCAGCACGAAUUGGUCGAGGCCGAAAAAACUAUUCUGGGCCGAUCGGACAACGAGUUGACUGCACGGGCGGGCUACGCCGGAGGCACGAAAGGUGCCAAAGACGGUAAGGUUUGCUACCACAAUGCGGCGCAAAUUGCGGAUUAUGGAAAGCUGGGUCAUGCUGAAGUUGUACGCGUCAACAUCCCUCCGUCGGCCUUUCCACUGUUUGCGGCAGAAUAUUGCAAACUGUUCAGCAAAGAAGGCUAUCGAGCAGACCAAUGGGGUGACCGGGGAUCGGAGUACCGGAACCUAGUGGGCAUUCCUGGAGGUCUAAACUCAGUAUAUGCCAAGCAACUGGUAGAAACGUCUAUCAAAGAAGGUGACAAACUCGAUUUUGCAAAAGGGAAAGGUGACGACCCCGACGCGCGCGCUUUGAGCUUCAUCAUGGAUACUAGAGACUUCCCCUUCUUUACUGCGGAACAAUAUCACCAAUUCCAUGAUGGAUUUGCUGCCGGCGAAAAUUACCCCAACUCUUAUAAUGCGUUGGCUUCCAAGUACGCGAAGGAAGGAAAUCUUGGGAAUAGUGAUUGCCCAAAUGGCCUUCUUGGGAUCGGGGCACUUGGACUGUGA